AACUGCCAUAAUUUGUCUGUAGAAAGUGGUAGUCUUUUGGUGAUUUAGGCGGUUUUAAACGCCAUUACUUGCUCCUGCUUCACUGGUAAAAAAGCUAUUCUAUUUCACUAAUAAAGGCUAUGCUAUUCAAUCGAACCUCCAUCGCAACAUGAGAUCUGCUUUCUCAUCCACGAUGCUCUCCUCUGGCGGCAAUGCCGUUGUUGCUGCCUUCGAAGGAGCGCUCUUCUUUGAUUAGGUUUUCUGGCUUCGAUUUGAGGGUUCGUUGCGCCGCCGCUCAUCUCCUCGUCACCACAAGGAAUGCCAUCAUUGCUGUCCUCAGUGGAGCUUCUGCUAUCUGGUAUAAUUUGAGAUCGCACAUCGGAGGGAGAGGGAAAGGAGAACGAGAGUGAGUUCAUCUCAAACCCUAGAGUUUGUCGCCGCCAUCGUCACCACCGUUCAUCUCAUUUCAGCCGCUUCCAUCAACCUUCUGCGUUCGAGUGAAGGCGCCUCUAUCGACGCGUUUCCAAAUCUGGUCACUACGCCAUAGCUUAUGAGAUUGAGCGAAUCACCUAUUCCAUUAAUGUGUCUCCUCCGCCAGCGGCGCCGUUCAAGCUAAGGACUAGCCUGUGUAAUAUUUUCAUGUGGGAGAACUCUCAGAAGGGAAAAGUGUUUUCACUUGCAAAUGAACUUCCUAAUGGUGCUAUUAUAUUUCUGGAUGAGAUUGAUUCUUUUGCUGCUGCUCGAGAUAAUGAAAUGCAUGAAGCUACAAGGAGAAUAUUGUCAGUGUUGUUACGACAGGAAUCAAUUUUGCAGAUAGAUGGCUUUGAGCAGGAUAAGAAAGUGGUUGUGAUUGCUGCUACCAAUAGAAAGGAAGACCUUGAUCCUGCAUUAAUCAGCCGGUUUGAUACUAUGAUCCCUUUUGGCUUACCUGAUCACCGUAAUCGUCAGCAAAUAGUUUUUAAUCACCAAAAUGUUCGACGGCAUCUUCGGUUAGAGAUUUGUCACGAAAUGGUUCCGUACUUUGAUUUUUCUGUUUCUGUUCUACCUUCUUCAUGCCUUUCACUUAUUGUAAUUAUGCUGAUUGUGAUUUUCAAGGGAAAAAAACUACUCACAAUGGAGAAGAAAGGGUCUCGGAGAUGGAUGAGUGGCGGUAGCAACAGUGAUGCUGUAUUCCAUGGCAUAGCCAUGGCACAUGAAGAUCAUCGCUUUUGGAUUCCCAUUCGCCGGUAUUGCUGCAGAGAUACAUUGAUGGCGAGAGUACGCAUCAAGAGGACUAUCGGGGUAAACAUCAUUUGGUUGCAACCAACGAAAUGAAAUUCUGCUUGGAUGCUUCCCC